AUCUCUCUUCAAGGUACACGUUUUCCUCAUAAAUGACUGCCCUGCGCACAUCCACCUUGCGAGACGGCAUGUCAUCAUCCCUUGCCACUCUGGAUGCUUUCCUCUUUCAACACACGGACUGAAACUGCUUCAAGCGUUGCAUUCGCCAUCCUUCACAAUCCAAAGCGGCGCUGAGCGGCAACGAAAGCGACACAAGCAUGAGUUCUUUCGGCACACACUUUCGCGUUACGACGUUCGGCGAAAGCCACUGCAGAUCGGUGGGCGCCAUUGUGGAUGGCUGUCCUCCAGGCUUGGACCUGAACGAGUCGCUGAUUCAGGCGCAGUUGCGUCGACGAAGGCCCGGCCAGAGCGCGCUCACCACGCCACGUGAUGAGAAGGAUCAGGUGGCGAUCCAGAGUGGUGUGGAGCGCGGAGUGACGCUGGGAACGCCCAUCUGCAUGUUGGUGCAGAAUAUGGACCAAAGACCUCACGACUACAAAGACGAGACGCUUGACCUCUAUCCGCGCCCAUCUCAUGCGGACUACACCUACCUACGCAAGUACGGCGUCAAGGCUAGCAGCGGAGGUGGACGUAGCAGCGCGAGAGAGACGAUCGGCAGAGUCGCUGGAGCGGCAAUCGCUGAGCAAUACCUCAAGUUGGCGUACGGCAUCGAAUGUGUGGCAUUCGUCAGCAGCGUUGGUCCCGUCAAACUUCCCAAGAAUGCUACCGAGGCCAAGACGCAAGCCCGUAUGGCAGCUGCCCUUCAAGCUCCAAGGCUCGAAAAUAGUCCACCUCAAAGCGAGGAGGAGGAGGAGGAGGAGGAGAAGACGCGCGCCUAUCUUCAACGUCAUCACAGCGACAAGAGUGCCGCCGCCGACGACGGCCUGCAAUAUCCUACCAGCUCUGCGUAUCGAGGUUUGCUAGCUGCAGUCUCUCGUGAGCAGGUUGACGCGUCUCCCGUGCGUUGCCCCGACGAAGCUACCGCUGCUCGCAUGACAUCCGUCAUUGAGGAGUGUAGGGACGCGCACGAUUCGAUCGGUGGCACCGUCACCUGCGUUCUUCGUAACGUGCCACCCGGCUUGGGCGAGCCAGCGUUCGACAAGCUCGAGGCGACGCUAGCCCAUGCCAUGCUGAGCAUUCCCGCCACGAAGGGAUUCGAAUUCGGCUCCGGAUUCGAUGGGGCUGCCAUGCGCGGAUCUCAACACAACGACAAAUUCGUACCCCACCCCAACGGUCUGGGUCCUACCGGCUCCGCGCUCCGCACAGAGACGAAUUGGAGCGGAGGAAUUCAAGGCGGCAUCUCUAACGGUGAAGACAUCUACUUUACCGUUGCUUUCAAACCAGCUGCGACAAUCUCUCAGGAGCAGGAGACGGCCCAAUACGAUGGCAGCUCGGGCGUACUGGUCACUCGUGGUCGACACGAUCCCUGCGUGCUGCCCCGCGCUGUCCCCAUCGUCGAAAGCAUGGCCGUGCUUGCCGUGAUGGAUGCGCUGAUGGGGCAACUGUCGAGAGAAGGUGCUACUAGCUCGCUGAGAUCCAGAGAGCUGGACGCGAGACACACGGAAGCGUGGGACGCUUUGCCAUCCAGCAUGAGAUUGCGUUGAACAAGUUCAGGUUGGCUGUGACGCGCGUCCCUUGAUACAAUACUCUAGACUCCAUCGUCCGUACAAGCUCCCUGUGUUUGCGCCCCUCUAUACAAUACUUCAAGACUUCUCUAUCGUC